CUUUAUGGAGUAAAUAUUUCUUACUGUAGUAAAAGUUAAGAAUGCAUUUGUAUAUAAGGAUAUAAUUGACAAUAUAAUGAUAAAUUUUAAAUAAAAAAUGACAUUGUGGAACAAAAAAUAAGGUAUCAUAUUUAAUGAAUGAGGGAGUAUAAAAUUAUGUUAAUCAAUUGGAUUCCCACCAAACACUCAACUGCUAUUUACUUCCUUCAAGACACCACCACUCUUAUUAAAUUAAAUCCUAAUCAAUCAUCAUACACUAUAUGAUAAUUAGGUUAAGAUUUUGUCAAAUUAAUUUCUUCUUUACAAGAGCAUGACUUCUAGUUCUAGUUACUCGCCCCCAACCAAAACAAUGUCAUGAAACAUUACCCUUAUAUUGCUAAAUCUUAUAAUUACCAUAACCCUCUAGGCAUCAUCAUCACAUGGUGUAUGAAACAAUGGUCAUAAUAAUUUCUUGCACCAAAUCCAUGAUUAUCACAAUCUUAAUCUUGAUCAUCUUUUGUGCUGUGUUGAUUAAUGGUGCCAAUGUAAAAUCUAGUUCCUCUAUAGGCACCAAAGGGCAAUGGCAACUUCUACUUCACAAUUCUGGUGUGGUCAGCAUGCACAUGGCAUUGACCAAUCGGAACACGGUUAUAAUGUUUGACCAAACCGGAGCCGGCCAAUCAGGUUACAAAUUAAGAAAACGCUACAAUGGAACACGGUGCACCACAAGUCACAAUGAUCUUGUGGAUCCUACAUGCUAUGCACACUCAGUAGAGUAUGACAUUGCUGCUAACAAAGUUAGGCCUUUGAGGCUUGACCCUGAUACAUGGUGUUCCUCUGGUUCAUUUCUUAGCAAUGGAACACUAUUGCAAACUGGUGGAUAUGGCAAUGGAGCUAAAAGCAUAAGAUUCUGUAGACCCUGUGGUGGUGGUGGUGGUGGAAAGAAUCUUACAUGUGGUUGGAUUCAAUCAAAGAAGACCCUUUUUGAUGAACGGCGGUAUGCUUCUAGUCAAAUACUCGCAGAACAUGACAGAGUUGUUAUUGUUGGUGGAAGAAACGUAUUCACAUAUGAAUUUGUACCAAAAAUUAAUCAUGAAGAAAAAUCUUUUGCUCUUCCAUUCUUGCACCAAACCAAUGACAAAAAUUCAGGAGGGAACAAUCUCUAUCCUUUUCUUCAUUUAUCAUCUGAUGGGAACUUGUUCAUUUUCGCAAACCGUGAUUCAAUCCUGCUCAAUGCAAGAAGGAACCGGGUGAUCAAGACAUUCCCUCGGAUCCCCGGACACGGAUCAAGAAACUAUCCAAGUUCAGGCUCAUCUGUGAUGCUACCUUUACAUCAUAAGGACAAGUUCCAAAAGGUGGAAGUUAUGGUAUGUGGUGGUUCUACUACUGGGGCAUUCAGGGCUGCUAACGACGGCAUGUUCCUAGAAGGCUUAAGAUCAUGUGGGAGAAUGGUAAUUACAGGUAACCAUCACAAAUGGAACAUCGAGUACAUGCCGCAACCGCGCCUCCUCCAUGACAUGCUGAUUCUCCCAACUGGCCAAAUUUUGAUCAUCAAUGGAGCAAAACAUGGUUGUGCAGGGUUUGACAAUGCAAGAAAUGCUUCUCUUGAACCAUACCUGUAUAACCCCAAAAGGAUACUUGGGAAAAGGUUCAAGGUGCUUAAGUCCACAAGCAUUGCCAGAAUGCACCAUUCAUCAGCAACCCUUCUUCCUGAUGGAAGGGUCUUGGUUGGUGGUGGCAACCCUCAUCCAAGGUACAUAUUUCGCAAUGUGGCAUACCCAACAGAAUUGAGACUCCAAGCAUUUGUUCCACACUACAUGGACAAGAGGUACCAUAACAAGAGGCCUAUGAACUUAACCAUAGAAUAUGGUAAUCAAAUUGGGUACGGUAAAGAGUUUAGAGUGAAGUUUAUGGUGGUUAAGAAGGGGCAAAUUAGUAACAAUACUGUAACUUUCAGUGCAUAUGCACCACCAUUUACAACACAUGCAUUUGGCAUGAAUCAAAGGAUGCUUAAGCUUAGGUGCAAGAGAAUGGUUGUGAGCAAAAAUGGUUCAGUGAAUGCAAUUUUGGAAGCACCACCAUCAUCUUUUGUUGCACCUUCUGGUUACUACUUGCUCACUGUUGUUAAUGCUGGAAUUCCAAGCAUUUCUCAAUGGAUUAGGUUCACACAUAAUGGUUAGUUGAUUCAUUUAAUAUACAAUUUAGGAGUACUAAUUACUUGGGAGUUUUCUCAUAUACAAAAUGUCUAAUGAUAAUGCUUAUUAUUAUUAU